CGUCCCUUCAUCCUCCUCGCCGCCCGCUCUGCCCCCGUCGCUUUCACUGUCUGCGACAUCCGCGGCCUCGCAUCUCUGACUUGUUCUUGCACCCCCACACUCAUUUCUAACCCACACUCAUUUCGGCCCUUGCUCUCGGCUCCGACCCAGUCGCGUCUUGAGCACCGUUGCAGCAUAUUCCGUGUCGCAACAUAGACUCCAUUCACCCGCACCAUUUGGUCCAUUUCAGAAGCUUUUCUCAGCAUGCGUCGCUCAGGUGGUCCUCCGCGUCUUCACCGCCUGCCUCAGCGCCUGGAUUACACACUCAUCCCGGCGCCUCUUGAUUUAUCGUUGCCCCUGGUGGUUGAAAAGGCACCUCUGCCCGCGAUCAUUGUCACUCCAUCGUCUCCCUCGCACGAUGGCGACUACUCAAUCGCCUUCUUAAUGCCCCCGCCCAAGCCAACAUUGGUGCAACGGAUGUCGAAGCUUGUACCCUCGCUUCCCCGCCUGCCCUCGCAGAUUCAGCUACCUAUUACGCCCGCUCAGCCCAACUUCGAGCAUGCACCUUCGGUUUGCAAGACGCAUGCGCGUGCGACAAUCCUGCUGCUCUUGCUGCUGUUCAUCAUGGCAUGCCAUGUCGUUAUGCACGAAUUGGCAUCCAUGCGCCCGCACAUGGAGUUUGGGAUGCGCCCCGACAACGAUAUCGUCAACUUCAGCCUCGAGCAUGUGGACAUGCCGGCCGACAUACAUGUUGCGAAGGACACAGCCCCGCCGUCGUUCGGUGGAUGGUUCGACCUGAAUGCACUCUGGGCUCCCACGCACACUGCAGACUCUAGACAAACCCUUGAUUUCGUGGUCCGCGAGGCAGACACAGGGAUGCCGUGACGUUCGUUAGGAAGGUCGACAGUCCGAACCCUUGGAAAUGUACCCUCACAUUCUUACUUCACGACGUGUCAUGUCCAUCGCAGUUGGGUCACGUUCGCUUGAGUCGCUUCGCUACAGGGCUGCUUUUAGUGUACGGAAUUUCGUUCUCAAUGUCAGCUGCUGUAUUUAUUGGUUUAUAAACAACAUUGGAUUUAAUGGUGGUUCAGUCCAUACU